AAGGUGGAGGAGGUGAGCGUAGGGGUAGGAAAGCAUGGAAGUGCUUAUUGGAAAGUCUGAUUCUUGGGUAAUAGUGGAAGGCUUCACUGGCAGCAGCAGGAAUCGAUACUGCCGUGCCAAGUGAGAAAUGAUAGAUAGGGUGACGGAAAGCCUUGAAGCCAAAGAUAAGAUAAGAAGCUUAUGUUUGAUGCAAGAGUGUGUGGAGUGAGCUGGUGGAGACAGCAGCGAGGGGAUAGUGAUGGGCUGGAAAAGCAAUCUCUGCUGAGGCAUUCUGGAUGGGGGAGAGCAAGUUUCUGUUGACCAGGACUUGAGGAAACUUUGUCAGAGUAACUGAGAUGUCAGGUUUCGGAAGCCCAAGAAAGGAAGAACUGUACAGAUACUGUGUAAAAAGUGCCUGCAGGAUGUCCUGUCUACUGUGUCUUGCAAAAUAUGCUAGAAUAGGUGUUAAGUGUGUUUUCUACUAGCUACUGCACUUGUAGGUACCUCUGUUUGGGAAUAACAGUCCAAUUUCUGUUCAGCUUAACCCUUUUUUAAGUGAAGCAUCAGAAAAGCAUCCUGUGGAGCUGAGGAACACCAGGAGCAGCUGUCAGGAGAAGCUCUGUCUUAGCGAGGCCUUCAGCGUAAUCCAGAUAUGCAGACCUAAAAAGCGCGUGUCCAAGGUAACAGCUAGCAAUACAGGGCUGACCUGUGUUGUCUCCGGGAUGAAAAGCAACAGGUGGUGAAAUCCGAUGGGAAGUAAAAUGUCGCUUCUACAUUGUUGUGUUUGAGCUGAAAGGUGGGCUUUCUUGGUAAACUGCCCUAAAGACAGAUUAAGCAUUCACCGAGUGCUGAAAGUGAGAAGUCUGGAAAUAGCUGUACUUCUGUGCAUCAUCAGUUGGGCUGCAGCUGAAACCAUUUGCUAAAAUAAUUCAGAGAUAAGCUGCAGAGGAAGAAGAAAAGCUGCUCAGAGUAUUGUAGAUAACAGGACCACAGAAUAUUAGAGGGAGCGUUAAGGAAGGCAUGAGUAAAACAGGAGAAAUCAAUUGUGGGUAGCCAUAAAAAUUUAGACUUUUGCAUGUCUCAAGAGACAACCUGAACUAUUGCAUUAACGCUGUUGUAGUGUUGUCAGGUCCCAUUAGUGAUGCUGGAUGCUGUAUGAUUGAUACUGUUACAAUGAUCCUGUAAUACAGAAUAUAUUCAGUCAAUGGUUAUAUUAGCAUUCUCACCGUGGCAAACAAUUGAAUUAAUAUUGUGUGCAGCGGUAACGAGACAAGAAAGUUAUAUGGUGAUUAAUCACUCACUGCCAAUGCUGCCACUCUGUGCAGUGUUUAUUUUUUGUUUCAGUGAAAGAGAACAGCAGUAACAAAGGUGGGUUUGAUAAUGUAAUUUUUUUUUUCUACCUUCCUCAACGAAGUAUUUUUGGGGGUAGGGUUGUUCAGCAAGCAAGCCAUGGCCAAGGGGGAACUUCUGCUUUUGAUUAUAUUUCAAGCAUCUUGCAGCUACCUUAAGUUUCCCAUUGCCAAAACUUAAAAUGGCAGGAUAAGAGCGGUAGGAGCAAGGGAAACUAUUUGCUAAAGACCAAAACAUAUGCAGUUGUUUCAUAAUGUAAACCCUCAAACAUUUUUACUGCAUGCUUUUGUUGAAGAAGUGUAAUUUUACUGUAAAAGCAGUACUUCCUGGUGAAGAAGUAAAUAACUGAUUUUCAAUUGUUAUAUACCCAGCUAUGCUUUGUUUCUCUAUACAAGCUGUUUUCCCAGCCAGGUGCUGGCUGUCUGUGAUCCUACGUGUGGCUGAGGCUUGUAUCUUCAUAUGGGACUUCCUUGGACACUGAACAUGGUGCAGCAACAAGAUGUAUCCUGGUGGAUUUUUUGGAGGUCGAGGACUAUGGGUGUUAUCACAGAACAUGGGUGGCCCAGCAGAGAUCUGGGAGACUGGCGUUGGAGCUGUGAGAGCAGAAUUGUAAGGCUGUUCUGGACGAUGGCAGGAGAUGCCUUAUGUCCAUGGUAUCUGGAGAACCAAGGGCCACAUGGCUCCCUUGGCUGUUCGUAAUGACUGAGUACUACUCACUCAUAUGGCAACAUGAGGAUUUUUAGUUAGCUGGUCCCUAUUUCCCAUUUGUCCCAAAGUUUAAACAAUUUUGUGAGGCUGUCUUGUGGAGCUUUUAUCCCAGCUCUUUUUCCCUUGUUGGAAGUGAGUCUACCUGCUGCUGACACAGCUGAGGCAAAAAUAAAGCACUCUCAAGGAAGAUAAUUGCCUAUGAUCCUCUCUUUCCUGAGCUCUUCUUUUUCCCCUAUGAUUUUACUGUUCAGGCAUCCUGCCUGCUGCUCUAAUUUAGAUGGGGGUUUCUGCCCUUUUGAACGGAGCAGCGUAGCAUCAUUUAGUCACCUUAUGAUUCCAUUAAAUAUUAAACAGUCAAAGAGGUGAAUAAACUGUCGGUGAAAUCUAAGCUGUAAAUAUGGCUUGAUUCACUAUUCUGUUUGGCUGUUUUGUGCAAAGCAGGUGUAAAACUGCUGCAUCUUUGACAAAGUAUCAGUUAUACUUUGCUUGAACCAAGUGCUGGUAGAGAGACGAGUACUGUAUGCAGCAUAAUACCAUUGUGACCGACAGGUAUGGGUGAGUUCCAGAAACGACACUGGCUUAGAAAUACAGGAUCAUAUUUAGAGAUCUGCUUGGUGUGUCAGAGCCAUUAGAUUGUGAUUUGCUUAAAGAAACCCUCACCUUGGAUGAUCCUGUGUUUGUACACCUGGACUUUGCAAGAGUGAUUAGCGUAUACAAUUAGUUUUGGGUUGUAUUAAUAUCAACUUAGGAAUGCUAAUGCCAGUUUAUCUCAUUUCUAACAUUUCUAACUAGCUUUAUGUAAUCCACUGCCACUUGUAAAUGUGAAAUUUUGCUUACUUUUCUUCUUUUUAACAACAUUUACCCUGCUCUUUUUCAGUCUGCUACAUCGAACAGACUGGUCAUAGCCAUGGAACAUCUGGCUGUUGCUCUCAGAGUACAGAGAGUUGUGCUCUGGUUUCAUUUUUUUAAAGGUAAAAAGAAGGGAAAAUAGAUGCCAUUCCCUUUACUGGACUCUUGUUCUUGUCUGAGCAAAAUGACAGUGGAAGCAUUCAGACUGAAUUCACAAGAUUUGCUCCUGGGAACUUGCUUUGUAGCUGGAUCUCCUCUGCCUUUGUAAACUUUACAGUGAAUACUUCUAAACAAGUGGUGAUCAUAGAAAUGCCUGCCAUGUCAAGCAGCAGAAGGAAUUGGCUUUGGGGAGGCAGUUAUUGAUUUGUAAAAAAUAAAAAAAAUCACAACAAGCAGCAGUUAGUGAAAUGAAGCUUCACUGUACACUGUGUAUUAUAUGGUAGUUGUUAGCUAUUUCCCAUAUAAUUCUGUUACUGGCGUACCAUUAAUAAUACAGAGCUUAAAGCUAUUGGUAACAAACUGGUCACGUUAUUGAUGGCGGAUUCAUUGCAGGAGGGAAUUUGUCAAAAGUUUGGGUUGUGUAUUUCCCCCCCCCCCCGUACAUUUCUGUCUGUAGAUUUUACAUCAUUUUUUCUCCAUAGAGACUAUUUGACUCAUAUGUCAGGAGACCUGAAGUCAUGGGAAGAAAAGCCCAACCAACCAAAUCAGUUAAAAUGCUAUUUAUCCCCCAGGACCCAGUUUUUCUUAGAUGGACAGUGGGAACUCAUUCACCAGUUUCAGAAAUGCUGCUUUGCAGAGCUGAGAGGAGCCACUUGUCAGAAGGCACAGAGGAGCGCUGCCCAUGCUUGCUGCAUUAAGGCAGGGAGCAGUACUCGUGCUGUUAUUAUGGGGAAAUUCACGGGCAUUGGAAAAAAUGUCAUCUGUGACCGAACAGCGACUCCGCUGGAUGCCUUCAGGAUGAUGACUGCGGCUCAUUAUUACCCAAAACUCAUGAGCAUCAUGGGGAACGUGCUGCGCUUCCUGCCCGCCUUUGUGAAGAUGAAGCAGCUGAUCCAGGAGGGUUACGUGGGGGAGCUGCUGGUGUGCGAGGUGCAGGUUCACAGCGGAAGCCUGCUGGGCAAGAAGUACAACUGGAGCUGUGACGACCUGAUGGGGGGUGGAGGUUUGCACUCGGUUGGCACCUACAUCAUUGAUCUGCUGACGUUCCUCACCAGCCAGAAGGCUGUGAAGGUGCACGGCUUGCUCAAGACCUUCGUGAAGCAGACCGACCACAUCAAGGGGAUACGGCAGAUCACCAGUGAUGACUUCUGUACGUUUCAGAUGGUUCUGGAAGGCGGCGUGUGCUGCACGGUGACGCUCAACUUCAACGUCCCAGGGGAGUUCAAACAAGACAUUAUCGUGGUGGGCUCGGCGGGACGGCUGAUUGUCAUCGGCACUGAUCUCUACGGACAGAGCAACAGCUCUCCUCAGCAGGAGCUCCUGCUGAAGGACUCCACACCGGUCAGCAACUCCUUGCUUCCGGAGAAGGCCUUCAGUGACAUCCCUUCCCCGUACCUCCGAGGCACCAUUAAGAUGGUCCAAGCUGUCCGGCAGGCCUUUGAGGACCAGGACGACAGGAGGACCUGGGACGGGAGGCCUCUCACGAUGGCUGCCACCUUUGAUGACUGUCUGUAUGCCCUGUGCGUGGUGGACACCAUUAAAAAGUCAAACCAGCUGGGGGAGUGGCAGAACAUUUCCAUCAUGACUGAGGAGCCAGAACUGAGUCCAGCGUAUUUAAUCAGUGAAGCCAUGCGGAAGAGCAGGAUGUCUCUGUACUGCUAGCUCCACUCAGCUUUUAGGAAAGAAUAGGAACCAGACAGCUCUUAAAGGAAAUGGUAAUUCAGCCCUUUUGAAGGGCUUGGACAUCUUGCAAACAGCUGCGGGGAUAGGGGAGAAGGAAAUACGGUGUUUGGAUCAACUGAAUCUGUUGGUGGCUAAAUACCAAAGUGGAAAGGUCCCUAGAAAUGCCCAAAAUGGAUAGGAGAGUUAAGAGCUGACUUACCUGUUUUAAUAACAGUAUUAUCUGGGUGAUUGGAAAUAUGUAUCAUGGACUCGUCUCCUGCUUGCAGGUGCUUUAGAUUAUUCAAUUGUGUUUACUGUGAAAGGUUGGGAAGAUCCUUUUAGAUCUUCCUUACCUACCAGAGGGCUGUGAAGGUACUGUCAUGUCAUCAAAUUUUCUGUAGUGUCUGACAUGAAUGGUUCCUACCAUGACAGCUGACACCACCGUGCUGUACUACUACACCUCCAACCAACACACAGAACAAUGGGACUUUGUGUGAAAGUGUUGCGUGAUGCAGAAAAUUUUGGCAGCUUACUUUUCAUACAGCUUUUUAGGAGCUUCUAUGUGUUGGUUUAGUUAAUUGUUUUGUCGUUUUCUUUUAAAGCACAAUUAUGUAGGAAAAUGUGUAGCUUUUACGAAAAAAGCAGCCCUCAACUGCAGUGCAAAUGACCCACUAUUGUGGGAGGGAGGGUCUUCUGUGAGCUCAUGGUAAGCUUCAGUGUUUACUGUACAGAUUUGCUGAUUGAAAUGGGUUGUGAAAAACCUUCAUGAAUGGCGGGUGACAUGAAAAAGUGCUGGUGGGUUUUAUUACACAGCUGAACUCGAGCUAGUCUCACAGAGGUUUACACACAAUCUCCUGUGUGUGGGACUCACUUUUGAGUGAAUUCAUCUCGCAUUUUGGUCUUAGGUAGAUAACAAAAUGGUAGAAAUCUAACCCCAAACCAUGCGAUGCUUAGACAGUUCUUCUAAACCUUUGUGAAGUCACACUUGAGACAUCCCCACCAACAAUUAAUUUCACGUAGCCCAACCCAGAAGCUUUCACCUCCAACAAAUGGUGCUUGUGAGUGAAAAAUAAAAAGGGAUGAGAAAAUUUCCUGUCAUUUCCAGGGAAAAAAUUGCCAUCACCUAUCAGAGGUGGGAAGAAGAACCCCACCUCUCUACCUGCUUCAAGUGGCCAGCUGCUGGUACUGUAGCGACUGUUCCCUGUCAUCAGUGCAGGGGUGGGCAAACCUUCUUGAUACGUUUGUCCUGUCUUUUUUAAUAUUUUAGAUUGCAGUUUUGGAAGAAUAUAUUCUUUCAGUUCUUAAAAAAAUAUAGUGAAAGGCACAUGUAUCGUCCCAGUAAGUGGGGAUGCUGUUUUUCUGCAUAAAGCUGCUCCUGGGCUUAUGUGUUUACAGCACUAGGCCUUCAGAUAGGAAAAAAAAAAAAAAGUAGAAAACAAGCAUAUAGCACUAAAUUAUGUUAAACUUGAUAAAAAACCGUUUCAGGAUUCUUUCUCUGCAUUUUGAUGAGGGGAAAGAGAGAAACGUUUGGGCGAACAGUAGAGACGAAAAUAUGACCCUCUUUCCAGAUUAGUGUUGCCAUUUGGGGUUAGAAAGAGCGCAAUUAGAAAAAUUCGGAUUUUUUUUAAAAAGCACUUACAGUUUUGCUAUUUUUAGGAGCUCUAAGGGCUUCUGAAGAGCUCCUUCAGUGAGUCCAUCUGAUUGCUGUAUGCUCCUGCCUGCCCCGUUCCCAGUUUUAGUGCUGCAUGAUUUUGAACAGGAGGGUGUCGUAUCAUUAGUGUGAUUCAUCUCAUCUGACGCAAGCCAGCUAAGAGUCAGGUAUGUUGUCCCCAUCAGCUCUGCAAGGACGUGGUUGUCAGUACAGAGAGAGCUCUCCAAAGGGCGAUGCAGUUCAUCCUCAGAUUAAGAUAGAAGCAGGUGCCUGCUGGAAACUCCAGUCCUCCUCCUUUGUGCAGAAGAUCUUGGCUUCUAUGUUUUUCGGUCGCUAAUGUUAGGAAACUUGAAUCCCACCCCAAAAUUAUUAGUGCAUGCUUGAUUUUUAAAGGGUAUGCAUGUUUGACCUUUCAUGAAAUAUUCCCUAAAGUGUGAGAGCGUGACUGAUGAUGGAGUAAUGUAAUACCACAAAACUGCAGCCAAACAGAGAACUGUUCCUGUCCAUAUUGUUCUGCCAGCUUUAGUGAUUGUUUCUGGGGUGGUUGGCUUUUGCAGAGGCCUCAGGCAAGCUUUCAUCAUUCCUUCUUGGAAGAAGCUUUUGACAAAUUUGAAUGUUUUUCCUACAGUGAUCUAUCUGAGAAUUCCUGUAGUAGUGUCCAUGCCAACAGGAAUUUCCCAUUGUAAUUGUCAUGGUAUACCAUGAUGUACAGUUUCAAUCCUUUAAAAUGCACAGAAGAAUACAGAAGACCAAAUUUGAUCAAGAAACCAUCCCUCUCCUCUGAAAAAUGGAAUUAGCCUGAAUAGGAUCAAGAGAGAGUUUUAAUAUAAGACAGAAGCCCUUUAUUGAGAAUACUGGCAAGUUCAAGUCAUGAAUGUAAGCACAGUAGAUAAGUAAUCGUGUCUAGUUACAUAUCAUCCAAAACUGGAACUAAACAUGGACCAAAAUGUUUGUGAAUCUUGCUUCUUAGUGGUUUGUGCUAGAAUUGCUGCUCAUGUCUUUGCACCUUAUUUUGGCUCAUGAAUGUGAACAGCUUUUCCUGUCUGCAUUUUACUUUUUUUCUGUGUUGUUCUGGGUUUUGUGAUGCCAGUUGGAAGAAAAUACCCUGGAAUCCUAGACAACCCUCCCUGCAGUGAGCUGUCAGCAGGUGAAACGCAAGGAACAGGGACAGGUCCUGACCUUAACCAUCCUAUCUUGGAUCCAGAGGUUUCAGUGACAGUCAUCAUCCACCCUCUGUGCAGACUUAGCAAUGCAGAACUUACUGCUUAGAAAUAAAAUGUAAUGCUUCGGUUACAGAGCCAACUGAUACUUGUGUUAGUCCUGUAUUGUUGGAUCCUGUAUAGCUCGCUGUGUGACCACAGCUCCUAGAGAGGCAGCCAGGGUGAGCAGGGGCAGGGGCAGGGGCUGGGAGGACCUCCUUUUCUGACAGCAGCACAGAUCUUAGGCUAGAUUGAGGUGGACUGUUAGCUAACUGGGACAGCAGCAGUGACUGCAUAUGUUCAGGAUUGUAUUACAGUUUUUCCAUUCUCUAGGAGGCAAAGAUGCUGUAGUUCCGAAUGUAAAGAUACUUAACUUCCACCUGGCUUAGAGGAGCCAGGAAUUGGUUUAUUUAUAGAAUAUGUCCUACUGGUCUAAAAAUAAAUGUUACUUUACAGUCUGGGAUCUUCCUUGGCAGUAUAAAGCCCUCUGCUCUUUUGGUACAGCUGAAAAGUACAUUGGAUUGUCCUAAGUAGCCUCUGUAGUUCCUGCCGGCUUAGAGAAUUUGGGCAGCAGUUAGAAGAGAUGUACUUGAUUGAACUCCGAAGCGGUACCACACCAGGGAACAUACGUUUGGAAUUGCACUUUUAAUGCUGUUCUUUAAUGCUGUGCCACAAUGUGUGAGAUGAACACUGCUAGACUUGGUGCAGGCCUAAUAGCCAAACUGAGGCUGCUGCUGGAAUUUACAGUAGCCCCAAAUGAGCUUGUUCAUACACUAGAUGAUAAAUGUUAAUUCCUUGUCCCCACGGCUGCUGUUGAGAGGCUCUUUCCUUUGCCAUCUACCUGUGCACAUAGGAUACUGAACGUUAUGGUCUGUUGCCAAAGACGAAAAGAGCCAAAGGGGAGAUCGGGGGUGAAGUUCUCUUCUGCUUUGUAGGAGCCUCUUCCAGUGCUGGGAUGGUCAGCUGAAAGAUGAUGCCUUGUUUUCGAUGGGAAUCAGAUUGGGCUCCACACCAGGGGUAGUAGGGCAACCCUUCCCCGUGUCCCUGUGCUCCUGCUAGGUGCGUGCACAGCCUCAGUGCUGACCUCAGUGAAGUCCUGCAUGGAGGUGUAAGACCUCUGCAAGAGCUUUGGGUUUUCCUAUAUCUAAUAUUGUGCAUGUGUUAAAUUAGUAGUACUUUAGCUGUGUAGAUAAAAAAUACUGAGUAGAGACGGUGUGUCCUUACCCAUGCAGCCAAUAAGGCAGAGAAUCAGGGCUUGCGUAGACAUGUUUAGGCUCAGGAUGGACUUUUGCGGAGUUCAUCCUUGGCUUUGGCUGAAAGCAUGAGAAAUUCCUGCCCAGCCAGCACGGGGCAAUCAGAGGCACUCUCCACUUUGCACUUCGUGUUUCCUUCUUUUGAAUAGCUUUCAAAUCAUGAUGACUGUGCAGGUGAACAGCUGUCCUGGGAGUUCAGCCAUUCAAAGAAGGAGGCUUUUCUGCUGUGUGCAAUCACAGCACAAGGACAAUUCAGUUUCUGUUACCUCGUUUAUUUCUGCGUGCAUACAAAAGUGGAAAAGACCCAGACCAAUUAAAACGAUUCUCUACCAAAAAAAAAAAAAAAAAAGCUGAUUUUAUUUCAUGGGUAAAGAUAAACGUAGUAGCUUGAUGGUGUCCUUGCAGAGAUUCAGAAAUUACUGAUGACAUGUUUUUGUUUCUGGGAAUGUUUAAAUUUGACUUAGUUCUCUUACCUUCACUAUAAAGUAUCACGAAUUGUGAGGUCUCUUCACUGUUAAGUUGUGUAUUUACAAAGGUCUGAAUGCGCCCAGCAGAUGUUUGGCUUUGUGCAGAUACUUAACACGUUGGCUUGGCGGUCCAGCGGCCCAGUGAUGUACCCUUAAGUACAUACAAAGCACAGCACUGGGCUGUUUGACCUCUGCAGCACUCUCUGGGUAUUCAGGACUGGUUGUGAAAUGGCAGGAUUGUUCAGGAUGGCAGCUUCUUGUUAUUGAAGUUGUUACUUGUGGGGAGCAGAGCUUUGUAAAUUUUAGAGAUGAUGUGCGACCGAAUAAUCAUUGGCAGUUGUAUCUGCUUUAAAAUUUCCACUCUCUUGAGCUGCUGGAUGGAGCACGUCCAGUAAAAACAUCUUCCCCUUCACAAUAACCGCCCACUUCCAUUUGCUCAUGAAAAGAAGAAAUUUUCAGUAGACAGGACUGUACAUAAUGCUGCGUUCAUGAACCAGUGUCAUAACCCCAUGACUUACUGAGUGUAUGAAGCCAGAGCCCAGGCAAGUAAUGACUUAUUCAGAGCUGCCAAGUCAAAGCAGUGGGGUUGGAGAGUGAUGGGUAUCAGCGUGGGUCAAACUGAAAUAGCUUUUAUUCAUCAUUUUCUGUUAAAUGAACAAACAAAAUAGCUGUGGUCAAUCCAAAACCGAACACAACACAUGCAGAAGGUCUUUUUUUGUUGUUGUUUUUUGGUUGGGUUUUUUUUUUUUUUUUUUUAAUUUUGCUUUUGGGAUUAAGUUCCAUUUUUAAGAAGGCUGUUUUGAAAUGAAGUUUUUUUUUUUUAAAAAAAACCCUUUUAUUAUGUUUUGGCAUUUGUGAAAUUAACAGUUCGGGGUUGUGUUCUUUUCUUGUUUUGUUUUAGGCUCACAUGUAAAAAAAAAACCCGUACCUGUUUGGUGGAUACCAAGGGCAGGUCCAGCUCUCAACCUGCAUCCUCGCAGUGUCACGCAGUGACCCCCUUCCAGCAUUUCAAUUUGGCCGUGUGGGUUUCAUUUGUAUCUUCUUGCGGCAAAGGGAAAACUGGCUCAUUGCAUGGUGUUGUCUGUAGAUAAUCAAAAUACUGUUUGCAGCAGUGCCAGCCGUCGUCUCUAAAAGCACUUAAAACUAUUAAUGUGUUUACUGUGGUUAUUUAUGACCUUGCAGCCAUCCAUUACUCUCUUUUCUUUUCACACCAUCCAUCAGACUCGCUUACCUCCCCUUCUUUCAUUCCGUUGCGAGUCAAGAGGCGGGUCUCCCCGUUUCCCCCUGGGUUUGCUCCCAGUCUGUGUUACACAUGGCAUACAGGGUGGCUAACGUAUGACUUGAAGUAACUUAUGACACAAAUCCAUUACGGAAGGUGUUAACAACACAACCGCUCAAGUACAUGGCAUACCUGAUGCCCCCGCUAGGGCAGGAAUCGAAACUCCCUGCUGUGCCGUGCUUCACAAAUGACACUCACUGUUUCUCUCUGUACUGGUUUUAUUUGAUUUUGAAAAUGAGAGUAUGUUCAGUUUGUUGCUGUGUGUCAAUAUUAAGUAUAUAUUUAUUGUUUUUCAGACAUACAUACGUAUAUAUAAAUGCUAUAUAUAUAUAUAUAAAAUGUCAACGCAUGGACAUAUGUACAGUAGAUAUUUUAAAGAGCUAUUUAUCAAGAAAAGUAAGUGUUAUAAGUAAACAGAGUUUAUAUUUUAUAUAUUAUGUAGAUAGCAAAACAACAAAACAAAACAAAAAGCCACAAAAAAAAAAAAGAAGUGUUUAAAUUAUAGUAGGACUUUUUGGGGUGGUGGGGGGGGGUGGGGUUGGAGGGACGGUGAGGGCCGGUUCCAGCAUUUUAAACAGCCAAACUACUUUGUACGGAAGCUGCCUGCUGUGCCUCUCGGCUGCAAUAUCUGUUUGUUUCUUCUUCUGGAAGAUGAUGUGCAUUGUUACUUUUACAUUGCUUGGGGAAUGUAGUUAGUUUAUUCUCAGCCAACUGGUAUGUGCUGCUUAAAUCAUGGUUUCCUGUUGUUCUGCAUAUUUGCAUCGAUGGAAUAAAAGGAUCUUAACUGGCAAAUAAAGACAUAAAAGGAUGUGA